AUAGAGGGCGCUGUUUGAGACUUUCCAAUCGUAGGUGCGUGAUAUGACAGCAUGUGUCUUAAUUUCUCCGAGUUUUAGAAACCUUUGACACAUCAGGAUGGGAAAGCUGAAUGUUACAAUGCUACGGUACCUCACGCGGGAAGAUUUUCGCGUACUGACUGCCCUGGAGAUGGGAAUGAAGAACCAUGAGAUUGUUCCCGGAUCGCUGGUUGCUUCCAUCGCAAACCUGAGACACGGUGGCUGCUACAAGCUUCUCAAGGAACUGGUUCGCAACAAGUUGAUUGCAUGGGAACAUGGAAGAUAUCCAGGUUAUCGACUAACGUAUCCAGGCUAUGACUACCUGGCACUGAAGGCUUUAGCUGCAAGGGAUGUACUGACGUCAGUUGGAAACCAAAUAGGAGUCGGCAAAGAAUCCGAUAUCUACAUUGUUGCCAAUGAAGACGGGGAACAGCUGGCCUUGAAAUUGCACAGGUUGGGACGUACUUCUUUCCGCAAGUUGAAGGAAAAGCGGGAUUACCUCGGCAAGCGACGCCAUGCAUCAUGGCUCUACCUCUCCAGACUAGCUGCUAUGAAAGAAUACGCAUUCAUGAAGGCACUUUAUGAUCACGGUUUUCCGGUUCCCAAGCCUGCGGACUUCAACAGACACUGUGUGGUAAUGGAGUUGAUGAACGCUUAUCCAUUGAACCAGAUCCACGACCUUACUGACCCAGCCUCCACCUACAACGACCUGAUGAAUCUCAUCAUGCGGCUGGCCAGCCACGGCCUGAUCCACGGCGACUUCAACGAGUUCAACCUCAUGUUGGACGACCGGGACCGCGUCACGCUGAUUGACUUCCCACAGAUGGUGUCUACGUCCCAUAGCAAUGCUGAAAUGUAUUUUGAUCGGGACGUUCAGUGUGUGCGCGAUUUCUUCCUGCGACGUUUCCAGUAUGAGAGUGAACUGUACCCAAAGUUCUCUGAUGUCUGUCUGGAGAAUUCUCUGGAUGUCGACGUCUCAGCGAGUGGCUUCACAAAAGACAUGCAGAAGACACUUGAAGAGGAAAUACUUGCACAGAGAGGAGAGGAAGGUGUGGAACGGGAUGAAGCAGAAGGGGAGGCAGAGGCAAGUCAUCUCCAAGGAGAUGACAGCGACGAUGAGAAUAAUCUCCAAGAAGAUGACAACGUUGAUGUGAGACUUUCUUCCGAAGAGGAUGAAGAUGAGGAUGAUGCUGCUUCGACUAAGGAAUCCACAAGGACUCGUGUUGAUCCACACCCAGAACUUGUGGAUGAAGCCGAGGAAGAAGUUGUUGAUGUAUCCGUCGAGGAAGGCGUGGAUGGAGUAGGAAGCAGGACUUUGGAGGCAGGCAGAGAGGAAGUUGUCGAUUCAACACAGAAUUCCGCAAGAAUUUGCGUUGAUCCGCUACCAGAACUUGUGGAUGAAGCCGAGGAGGAAUUUGUUGAUGCAUCCGAGGACGGAGGUAGGAGUCCAGAGCUAGGUGGAGAGGCUGAUUUGAGAAGAGAAGAGUGUUUAGAGGAAGAUUUGGAAGAUAUUGCCGCGUUGAACAAGCAGUACCGACCGCAUCGGGAUGCAGCCAGCCUGGCCCACGUUAACCACCACACGCGGCAGCGUAGCAGCGACAGUUUCACCUCCACCGCCACCUCCACAAUGGACUCGUCCGUGGUCAGGGCAAAGGUCAAGCAGAGCCUGCUGAAGAAGCAGAAGGCGCAGCAGAGGCGACGGAGGGCUAAAGGGGAGGCGGGGAUGGUGACAGAGAUGAGGCGAGACAACCGAGAUAACAUCAAGCAGAGCGUCAGCGACGUUUGGUUUUGAAGGGCUCAUUAACCGUAACCCCCUUGAGUGAUUUAUUAGGAAUCCAACACCCAAACUGUUGGACUCCGAUUAUGGUGGUAUGCCUAACCCCAU